AUGCCCCGCGGUAUCCGUGUCAAUGCCAUUGCGCCCGGUCCCAUGGACACACCCUUCUUCUACCCGCAGGAGGAGAAAGAGGCUGUCGAGUUCCACAAGUCGCAGGCGCUCGGCGGCCGCCUCACGGACAUCAAGGACAUCGCCCCCCUCGUCGACUACCUCACGACGGACAAGUGGAUCACCGGCCAGGUCCUGUUCUUGGCCUCAACGCUUUGUAGUUCAGCAGAAAUGUCACAGUGGAUGAAUUAA